AGUCGUACGGGACGUGGAUUCCCAUCGAAGGAGUUCUUCGAGACAACUCCAUCCAUGUCGUGCGUUCAAACUUGCAGCGAUCCCUUUAAAACGCUUCCCUUUCCUUCGUUCUUCGCCGAUCCCUUUCCCCUCAUCCUCUGUCUGCCUCUGUCCCCCUCGCAAAGGGGGAGAAAGGAAGCAUUUUUAGAGCGCCAGACCCGCUCUCAGCCCCAUUGUUUUGAUCCCUUCGACGCCGAACAAGCGAAGCAGGGUCGGGAUGUCGUUCCCGAGCAAGCGCCGCGAGAUGGACCUGAUGAAGCUGUAGGAUGAUGAGCGACUACAAGGUGGAGAUGACGAACGACGGGAUGCAUGAAUUCUUUGUGGAUUUCCAUGGUCCGAAGGAGAGCCCUUAUCAAGGAGGAGUGUGGAGGAUAAGGGUGGAACUACCAGAUGGUUAUCCUUACCAUUCUCCCUCGAUUGGCUUUGUUAAUAAGAUGUAUCAUCCUAAUGUUGAUGAAAUGUCUGGUUCAAUUUGUUUGGAUGUUAUCAACCAAACUUGGAGCCCCAUGUAUGAUCUUGUCAAUGUAUUUGAAGUUUUCCUUCCACAACUUCUUUUAUACCCAAACCCUUUGGAUCCAUUGAAUGGGGAGGCUGCAGCAUUGUUGAUGCGUGAUGAACCUGCUUAUGAACAAAAAGUCAAAGAAUACUGUCUGAAGUAUGCAAAGCCGGAAGACAUUGGUGCUUCCCCUGAAGAAAAAUCCAGUGAUGAAGAGCUGAGUGAAAAUGAGUGUGAUUCAAGCGACGAACAAAUGCUGGGAAAACCUGACCCUUAAUGGGGUUUUGUUUCGUAUACAUCUUUGUUUGAACUACCGAAAGACAAAAAAAAAAAUUCCAACUCUUCAUGUCAUGUGCCACUGUAAAUAAGCAUACUAAAAUCAAGUUAUGUGUAUUGUGUGAAUUGACUCA